CCACAAAAUCGGUGAGCGGCCGUUUCGAUUUUCUACUCAAAUAAACAUUUUUUGACUGAAUAUGUAAUGGUGGAUACGUUUGAAAGGUUCACAUCUAGCAGAACAGAUAAUUGAGAACUUUAAAUGAUACCACCAGUUUCUUAAAGACCUGCUUACUUGAUGAACUUGAACGGCAAUGAUGUCUUCCGAUAGCGAUGGUUACGAGGCCUCAGACUCAAGCUAUAGGCCCAGAGUAUUCUCAAAUGAGUACAGGUGUACAAAGCCUCGGCGGACAGCAACUGGCUCCUCGUCAUCGCCUGAUCAGGUCAAAGAGUUGACAUCUUCCUUAAGGAAUACAACUAGGAAUUUGAAUGCAGUUGGUGAUUUGAUGGGCCAUUAUAGAGACAACAAUGAAAGACAAAGCGCUGCCAUUGAAAGGUUACGAGACAAUCUUGCACACUCUACGGAGAGUCUCAAGCAAGAGAGAUUGAACAGAGCAUCGGCUUUGCAUGGGUCGUAUGGCAAGAGCAGCCGACCCCUCAGGAGCAGUGAUCUGGAAGACUCUAGAGGCAGGAGGAAGUACAAACCCACAUCACCUCAUGACGAUUACUAUGGUGUCAAUGAAUCUAGACGAAGGAAAGGUAGGAGGCUGAGGAAGCCUUCUGUACACUUUGAUGAGGACCUUGAUGAGGUUCACGAGAUCCAUCAGACAGUGCGUGACUUGAGCAGCGAUCAGAUCCGCCUUGAGGAUGACCUAGACCGGGAGAUACAACGAAGGACUCAGUCGGAGAUUGAGAGUAAGAGAAAUCUUCAAGGUCUCUCCGACAGUCUCAGGGAAUCACAAAGGAAGACGGAAAAAGAAAAGUCUUCUCUAAGGGUAGAUAAGAGGUUACAAGCGAUCCAAGAAGAGCUUCGCCAGCAGAGAAUGCAGCAGGAGUCAAAACAACGGAAAGCUAAAGAGACCACUUCAGUAUCAGCUGAACUCAAACAGGCAUUAGCGACACAGUCUAAACAAGAAGAGAAGGAGAUGAGAGAGCGCCUGUUGAAGGCAGAGACAGAGAAGCAACAACUGACCAGGCAACUGGAAACAACGCAGAGAAAACUCGACAAAUCAGAAGGCAUCAAGACAGCAAUGCAACUACAGAUGGACGACUACAAGAAUAAUCUAAGAGUCUCUGACCAUGAGCGAUCAAUCAUGCAGGAUAAACUGUCUGACUACCAAGAGGCCCUCGAAGACGAAGGGGUUCCAUUGACGAGGAGAGACAGGAUGCAACAAAGAUUAAGAGACACCACGGAUAAACAAGACAGGGAGAGGCAGCAACUGGAGCAAGAGAUUGAAGCCUUAAAGAAACAGUUGACUCAAUCCCAAAGCGAAAAGGACCUUGAGAGUUAUCAGCGGGAAUUAAAGCGAAGUCAGAAACAACAAGAUCAGCUCUCACAACACCUGGAGAGUGUAACAAAAGAGCUUGAGGGAAAAGAGAGGCACAUCGCUCAUCUUACUUCCAAAGUAGAAGACGCCAGCACUGACUUGAAGAGGAGUCAACACCAGCAGAAUCUUGUGCUGACCCAGCUUGAGGAGCUGAAGAAGAGACUCGGCAGUGCGGAUAGGAAAGUGGAAGGGCAGGACGAGAGACUUGUGGAGCUUCAGAGUAAACUUGGAACCAGUCAAGAGAAGAAAGAAGAAAUCAGGACCAAAGCUAGGGACAAGAUAAGACAAUGGAAACUAAAAUGUGCUAAGCUGCAGAGGGAUGCAGACAGUUUCAAACGCAGUUUAUCCAAAGCGGUGAGCGACAAUGAGCAACUACUCAGAGAUACUGAGUCACAUCGCACGCUCAAUGGGACGUCGUCACAUCGUAUGGACAUUCUGCAGCGAGAGAUGAACGAUAUCCUGGAAAAACGAGCUCAGCAGGAUGAGCAGCUACGCCUGAAGGACAUUGAAACCAAUGAACUGAAGUCAGUGCGGAAAGAUCUUGAACUGGAGCUUCGAGAUACAAGGAACUUCAUGGAUAAGCUGGACAAUGAACUCCGAGCCCAUCAAGCAAGACACAAUGUCUUGGCAGACGAGAAACUGAGAUUGGAAGAAGAUCUUCAAUCAUCCAGAGCCAAACAUCAACAAGCAGAGGAUCACAUACAGAAACUUCAGGCCGAGUGGAACAAGUUGAACCUCCAGCAGUCUGAGCUGACGGGACAACUAGCCGAGGAGUCUGGUGGACGCAGAGUAGCAGAGGCUCACAUCAGGCACCUUAUGCAAGACAUCAAGACGUCCAAAGAUGAUGCAGAGAGACAAGCACAACAGCUUAAAGAGGAGAAAAUGUCCCAUGAAGUGUUUGCGGAGGAGUUACAGAAGAAGAUUGAUGACAAAAAGGGCAGAGGGGAGAGAAUGGUAAUGGAGCUGACAAACCGUCUCAAGCGAGAACGAGCAGAGAUGGAUGCCGAACUACAAACGCUGAAGAUCGAGAUUGCCGAUGCUCAGUCACAAGUGAAGACUCUUCGCAGGCAGUUGGAGGAGAGUAAAACAGAAGCUGAUAAAUCAACGGUCGACCUUGCAAGGGUCGAGCAGGAGAACGCCAAGCUGAGACGCAAGUACGAGCGAGCAAAGCUGGGCUUUGAGGAGCAAGCUCGCCACGCCGAGACUGAGGACUCGAGAGCCUCCAAUUUGGAGCGGCAACUGAAAAGGUCUUCAACACAGCUGCUGGAGCUGGAUGCUGAAUAUGAGAGCAUUCUCCGUAUCAUAAGUCAAGAGGUCGACCAUCUUGUGGAAGCAAUAUCUGAUCACCAUGGCGACGCAUACAAGGCGGUACUUUCCCCAACGAGAGACAUCAAAAACAAACCUCAGCACUGGCUUGCAGAUAUCAAGAGUAAACUUCACUGGCUGCAAGAAGAAAUGAGAACGAAACACGCUAACGAGAGGAGACUGAAGCGGGACUUGGAGACGAGUCGUACAGACAUUGAAGAGAUCUCCAAGUACACCGGGCAGGAAAGACGAGAGCUCAUGUCUCAAAUAACGGAGCAGAGCUCCGCAGUGAGAGAGUUACAGCAGGAUAACCAAGACCUCGCCAUGGGAAAGAUACAUAAGGAUGUGCUGGUGAAAUCAUUGGAAAAGCAGGUGGCCCAGUUAGAGAACCAUAUUGAGACGAACACCAAGACGUUGCGUCGAAGCCUUGAGAUGCUGCCUGAGCCAGAGAUCUUCUCUCCUGAUGUUUCUUCCCAUGACUAUAAGAAGCUCAAGGAUUUGCAAGCUGAGCGGGAUCGUAUCAAUGACAGAUAUAAUAGAUACACAGGCACAGUUUCUCUUCUGCAGCAGCAGCUUGAACAGGCCAAGAAUUCAUCCUUCCUUCAGUCCGGUAUCCACACAAAGAGAAGCCCCAAAGGUAUUCGCUUCAAAUCCCCAUGAGCCACAGUGGACCUUUGAGCCACAGUGGACCUUUAUCACGGUGCGGCCAUCUCCCAUUCAAAUCAAUGUAACCAAACCGAGGCUGGAAGGAGACAUAGUCUGGUUCCUUUUUUUGUAGAAUGAGUAUUAGCUUCCAUUACUGUUACUAGAUACAGGGAGCAUGACCAAGAUGGUGGCAGCAUGAUAAAGGUGUACACUGUUUCUAGAGUUGUAACCCGUGCUCAAAGACAGAGAAAAGCUCACUGACACAAGUGAGGUUUGAAACCUAUGCAAAUUUAAUCCCUCCAAUAUUUGUUUAUGAAACUUUCUAUAUUCAUGUAGUAUUAUACUUUUUUCAACAACAUUCCAAAGUGAAAGUGACAAUCAUAAUUGGAGAGUAUGCUCCAAUGUUGCUGCUGAUUUAGUUAAGAGAAUGGUUCAAUGUGCCUUUGCAUAAUAGUUUUUUAAAGUCACGUGAAGUAUUAUCGUACAUUUAUCUCAAGGAUUGUAAGUAUAAACACCAACCAGUAUAAAGCAGUUUGCACCUCUAAGUUUUUCCAAACAAUAGCUUUUGGUAUUUCCUUUUCACCAAGUAAAACUAUCACUCAGUGCACAGCAUGUAUUUUUGGGGUGACAAAAAUUUGAUAACAACAUGUGAUUAUUUAGGUCUGGGCCCAAUUUCAUAAAGCCAGUAAGCACAAAAGACAAAUCUUGUUUAGCAGAAACAGGUUACACCAGAAACAGGUUUACAGUGUUGCCACUGGUGUUCAACUCUUUUUUUGCAAAUUAAUUUUUCCACCUAGCAACUUUUUGAAAUUGUGCUCUCAGGUGAGAUCAGUUUCUUCAAAACAUGUAUCCUAACAGACAUCAGUAUUCAGAUUUAACCAACUUGAGAA